UGAUUUGGUCCAACUUCUAGGCUCUUUUGGGAGCCAUUGGAGUCAAACUGCAUCGCAACUUAUUGGUUGGAGGUGACUUCAGGAUGGCAGAGAGGAGAGUCAGUAACGGAGAAGAAGUUGUUAUUAAUGUUUCAGAUAAAGAAGAUCCAACAGCAUCAUCUCCUUCUUUCAAUCCAUUGGCUUCACCAGGGUCAGAUGCAGGGGCUGAGAAAUCAAAACCAGUGCCGCCGUUAAGCAUUCCUCCUCCUGAAAUCUAUAAGUUCUCUGGUAGCGUUCAUAAGCCACCUAAGAUCCCAAGUCCUAGCAAUGAAGGUCUAGUUCGGAGGAAAUCUCUUUCGAGGUCAGUUUACUCCAAGUCCAAGUCAAGGUUUGGGGAACAACGGUCUUUUCGAUACGAUAAUAUUAUAGAGGAAAAUGGUGGAAGGUCCCUUAGGGAACAGUUUGGUGCUCCUUCAUUUGCAAGGGGUUCUUUUGACAGGGCUUCUCCUAAUAACAAAUCGAAUAGAAGCGUUGCGUCAGCAGCACUGAGUAAAGUUGCUGAGGAGGAAAGGGAUGAAAAUGAGGAAAUCUACAAAAAGGUUAAGCUACACCGAGUGAAGCGUAGCGGAAUGAAACCUCUGGCUCUGAUUGAGUUGGUAGUGUUUAUGGCCAUUUUGGCCACUUUGGUUGUGAGUUUAACCAUUGAUAAGGUGAACAAGCAUACCAUUUGGGGUUUGGAAGUUUGGAAAUGGUCGGUGCUUGUGAUGGUUACACUCAGCGGCAUGUUGGUGACAAAUUGGUUCAUGCAUUUUGCAGUGUUCCUCAUAGAAAAGAACUAUCUUCUUCGGAAAAAAGUUCUGUACUUUGUGCAUGGUUUGAAGAAGAAUGUUCAAGUCUUCAUUUGGUUUACUCUGGUUCUGAUUGCUUGGAUAUGUCUGUUCGAUGAUAACGUUAAACACUCUCGUAAGACCAAGAAAUUUCUCGACUUCAUUACUUGGACUAUUGUCUCCCUUCUCGUAGGGUCAAUCCUUUUCUUGGUAAAGACGUUUGCCUUGAAAGUUCUUGCAUCAAAGUUCAACGUCAGAAACUUCUUUGAGAGAAUUCAAGAGUCUAUUUUCAACCAAUACGUUCUCCAAACUCUCUCGGGACCUCCGCUUAUAGAAGAGGCAGAGAACGUUGGGCGUGUGCCAAGCACAGGCCACCUAAGUUUCACAAGCACCAAGGAUGGAAAAGUGAAAGACAAGAAAGUGAUCGAUAUGGGUAAGGUUCACAGGAUGAAACAAGAGAAGGUCUCUGCUGGGACAAUGCGUGUUUUGAUCGAAGCGGUGGGAACUUCAGGUAUAUCUACCAUAUCCAGCACUUUAGAUGAGGUCAACAAUAAGAAAGAGCAAAAAGAUAAAGAGAUAACAAAUGAGAUGGAGGCUGUGGCUGCUGCUUAUGAAGUCUUUAACAAUGUUGCUAAGCCGAACCAUAAUUACAUAGAAGAAGAUGACCUAUUGAGGUUCAUGAUUAGGGAAGAGGUAGACCUAGUACUCCCAUUAAUAGAAGAUGCCGACACCGGAAAAAUCACACGCAAGACUUUUACAGAAUGGGUGGUUAAUGUUUACACAAGUCGGAAAACUAUAGGGCAUUCAUUGAACGACACAAAAACAGCGGUUAAGCAGCUGGACAAACUUGUAACUGGAAUCUUGACCGUUAUCACAUUCAUUGUUUGGUUGGUGCUUCUGGAUAUAGCAUCGACCAAGCUUUUGUUGGUCUUCUCAUCACAAUUUGUGGGUCUUGCUUUCAUGAUCGGAAGCACUUGUAAGAAUAUCUUUGAAUCCUUUAUGUUCGUCUUCGUAAUGCAUCCUUAUGACGUCGGAGACCGUUGCGUUGUCGACGGUGUUAUGUUGUUGGUUGAAGAAAUAGAUCUUCUAACGACCGUGUUCCUCAAGAUUGACAACGAGAAAGUGUUCUAUCCAAACUCGGUUUUAAUAUCAAAACCGAUAAGCAACUUCUACAGAAGUCCAGAUAUGGGAGAUUAUGUCGACUUCGCCAUUGCAUUCUCAACACCGGCCGAGAAAAUCGGCAGUCUCAAGGGAAAAAUCGGAGAAUACUUGGUGGCAAACUCACAACAUUGGUAUCCAGAAGCCCAGGUGAUGGUGAGGGCGAUUGAGAAUAUGAACAAGCUGGUAUUGAAUAUACUGGUCCAGCACACCAUAAACUUCCAAGUAUACAUAGAGAAGAGUAGAAGAAGAACCGCACUGAUCAUCGCAAUCAAGCGGAUUCUCGAGGAGCUUGAGAUCGAUUACAGCCUCCUUCCUCAAGAUGUUCAUCUCACUGAACACAAGACUCACAAAUGACAAAUGAUCCUUUCCUUCUUCUUUUUUCAUUAAGUACUUCAUUUGCUUCGGUUUAAUUGAACUUGAUUUGCUUUCGGUUUAGUUGAACUUGAUUUGCUUCGGUUUACUUUUCCGGAAAUUCUUUUCUCUAUCCUUUCUUCUUGAACCGAAUCAUUCAAAUUCUAA